UCAUGAAAAAUGAACAAAUGCUCGCCAUUUCGCCAAUACAUAGCACCCGGCUCACGUUAGUUAACACCCUUCUUGUAAAAGUACCAGAACCCAUUUAUGGCGGGAAACUCGUUAACCGUUUAAAUAAAGAUCACCCAUCUUUGUCCAUUAAACACUACCUAAAACAUAAAGUUAAAUUAGUGUUUCAUAAUAUGUAACAUAAAUAUAAGUUCAAUUCGAGACGGCAAAUGUACGCUCAAUUAUAAUUUAAAUGCUGAAUUCGUCUCUGUUUUCAAGCAACUUUAUCUCAAACAUGGCUUCUGGGUCGAACUCUUUGAUGUGGUUCAGGAAGGGAUUGAGACUCCAUGAUAAUCCAGCUCUGGAGUACGCAGCUAAAGGGUCGAAGUUUCUAUACCCGGUUUUCGUGAUUGAUCCACACUACAUGGAGCCCGACCCGACUGCAUUCUCUCCCGGUUCUUCCAAAUCCGGGUUGAACCGGAUCCAGUUCUUGCUUGAAAGCCUAGUUGAUCUUGACUUGAGUCUCAAGAAGCUUGGUUCACGCUUAUUGGUGCUCAAGGGUGACCCGGGCGAGGUCUUGAUUCGCUGCUUGAAGGAGUGGAGCAUAGGAAACCUUUGCUUUGAGUACGACACGGAGCCCUACUAUCAAGCUUUGGAUGUAAAAGUCAAGAACCACGCUUCUGUAGCUGGUGUAGAGAUUUUCUCUCCUGUGAGUCACACCCUCUACAAUCCUGCUGAUAUAAUAAAUAAGAAUGGGGGAUCCCCACCUCUGACUUAUCAGUCUUUCCUUAAACUGGCUGGGCAACCAUCUUGGGCAUCAACCCCUCUUGCAACAACAAUAUCUUCUCUUCCUCCUAUUGGAAAUACUGGAAAUUUUGCGGUGUCAGGAGUUCCAACUGUCAAAGAACUUGGUUAUGAAGAUUUAAACGAGGACGAAUGGACUCCUUUUAAAGGUGGAGAAUCAGAAGCACUGAAGAGAUUGAGAGAAUCAAUUGCAAACAAGGAAUGGGUGGCAAAUUUUGAGAAACCCAAGGGUGAUCCAUCUGCAUUUAUGAAACCAGCUACAACAGUUUUAUCACCUUACUUAAAGUUUGGUUGUCUCUCUUCCAGGUAUUUCUACCAGUGCAUUCAGGACAUUCAGAAAAGCGUAAAAAAACAUACAUCUCCGCCUGUUUCUCUUCUUGGACAGUUGUUAUGGCGUGACUUUUUCUACACAGUUUCCUUCGGGACUCCUAAUUUUGAUCAGAUGAAGGGUAACAGAAUAUGCAAGCAGAUCCCUUGGAAGAAUGAUGAUGAACUGCUUGCUGCUUGGAGAGAUUCCAGAACCGGUUUUCCUUGGAUUGAUGCCAUAAUGGCCCAGCUCCGGAAAUGUGGUUGGAUGCACCAUCUUGCUCGACACAGUGUUGCUUGCUUUUUAACUCGUGGGGAUCUGUUUGUGCAUUGGGAGAAAGGGCGUGAUGUUUUCGAUAGACUGCUUAUUGACUCUGAUUGGGCAAUCAACAACGGAAACUGGUUAUGGCUAUCAUGCUCUUCGUUUUUCUACCAGUACCAUCGAAUUUAUUCACCAACCUCAUUUGGGAAGAAAUAUGAUCCUGCCGGGAACUACAUCAGGCAUUUUCUCCCUGUUUUAAAGGAUAUGCCAAAGGAGUACAUAUAUGAGCCUUGGACUGCUCCCUUAAGCGUCCAGCGUAAAGCAAGAUGCAUCAUUGGCUUAGAUUAUCCAAACCCAGUUGUUUCCCAUGAUUCUGCAAGCAAAGAAUGUCGGAUGAGACUUGGUGAAGCGUAUGAAUUGAACAAAAAGCUGAAUGGCCGGGUCAGUGAGGAAGACUUGAACAAGUUAAGAAGAAAGUACGACAAUGAAUCUACAAUUGUGGAUUCCAUUUCCAGGAAGAAGAAACAGAAGUUAAUUUGCUAAGAUUGCAUCAUCCAAGCCAUAGUCAGGUUUCUACGAGAUUUGCAGCAAGGUGCACCAGCAAUUAUAGGAACUACAAAGGAAACAUUCUCCUUCAAUUACACUCCAUAAAAAUGAUUCCAAGUGUGUUCAAAUGUAGGAAUCCUUUGUAUCUUCUAUAUGCCAGGAGAUUAUAGUUAAUGAUCACGUCCAAUUAUGCCUUAAUAAAA